UUCUAUCUCUAUCUAUCUUCUUCAACAUCAAAUCCAAUCAGAACAAUGGCUUCUCUCGUCUCUUCUCCGCAUGCCUUGACUCUUCCCUUCUCCUCUCCUCAUCGUCUCCAUCACACCCUUCCCAAUCUCUCCACUCUCAGUUUCUCCCGACCAAUCAAAAACAACUCCCUCCGAUGCUCUGUCUCAAUCGAGAAAGAAGUCCCCGAAACCGAACGACCCUUCACUUUCCUCAGAGACUCCGACGAUUCCACUCACUCUCCUUCCUCUUCUCCAACUUCGGUCAGAGCUCGUUUCGAGACCAUGAUUCGAGCGGCGCAGGACAGCGUCUGCGAGGCCAUCGAAGCAGUCGAAGGCGGUCCGAAGUUCAGAGAAGACGUCUGGUCUCGACCCGGCGGAGGAGGCGGGAUCAGCCGGGUUCUGCAGGACGGGAACGUGUUCGAGAAAGCUGGGGUGAACGUCUCCGUGGUUUACGGUGUUAUGCCUCCCGAAGCUUACAGAGCAGCUAAAGGCUCUGCUUCUUCGGAUCAGAAGCCUGGUCCGGUUCCGUUCUUCGCAGCUGGGGUUAGCUCUGUUUUGCAUCCCAAGAACCCUUUCGCGCCGACUCUGCAUUUUAACUAUCGUUACUUCGAGACUGAUGCUCCCAAGGAUGUUCCUGGAGCUCCGAGGCAGUGGUGGUUUGGUGGUGGAACUGAUUUCACACCAGCUUACAUCUUCGAAGACGAUGUCAAGCAUUUCCAUUCGAUUCAAAAGCAAGCGUGUGACAAGUUUGACCCUUCUUUCUAUCCAAGGUUCAAGAAGUGGUGCGAUGACUACUUUUAUAUCAAGCACCGUGAUGAGAGAAGAGGACUUGGAGGGAUAUUUUUUGACGAUCUUAAUGAUUAUGAUCAGGAGAUGCUUCUGGCUUUCUCCACUGAAUGUGCGAACUCAGUGGUACCGGCUUAUAUACCUAUAGUAGAGAAGAGGAAAGACAUGGAGUUUACAGAGCAGCACAAGGCAUGGCAGCAGCUGCGAAGAGGAAGAUAUGUCGAAUUCAACUUGGUAUAUGAUCGUGGAACGACAUUUGGUCUGAAGACAGGAGGGAGAAUAGAGAGUAUUCUUGUCUCUCUUCCACUGUCAGCAAGAUGGGAAUAUGACCAUAAACCGGAAGAGGGGACUGAAGAGUGGAAGCUGUUGGAUGCUUGUAUCAACCCCAAGGAGUGGAUAUAGCCCACGUUUUUCUGUUGAGGACUGAGUUCAUGUUGUUUCUAUUGUUUAGUGGAUUUAGAUUAUUCAAAAGAUGGAAGGAAAUGGAUUUUGUAAGGUGAUGAUGUGCAUGUUAACAUGCGUCUGAAACGCUGAGUGGCUACCAAGAUAAACUUAGCUGAUGUGUAUGUUUUACCAAUGCUGUAUUUUCACAACUGACAUGUUUGUCUACA